ACAGCUGGCCAUGGCUCUGCCUCUCCUGCAAACCUCUUAAUCCCACAGGAGCAUCACUCUCGCCCUAGCACUGCCUCUGUUUCUUAGCAGCUUCUUGGAGAGAGACCUGGGUUUCAUCACAGGCAGCCGUAGCGCUAAUAAAACCUUCUUUACUUUGGCAGGACCCAGUGCCACUCCAGCAGCGAUAAAUCCUGAACCAGAGGGCAAUUUGUCCUUUUUUAACCAAUGCAGGCACCUUCAGAAGGAUUAAGCUGGUCUCAUGGCAACUGGACCUCCUCCAGCCUCAGAGGUCUGUGAAUAUGUAAGAAGUUCCCCCACAUCACACCAACUCACAGGGAUGAACACAGGGUGGGUGCCCCUACACUGGAGCCAAACCUGCCUGUGAAGAGCUGAGUGAAUUACCAUCCUUAUUUCUUAGCUCAGCACUUUGUGGGUAGGCUUAAGGCUUUUCCAGAGGAUUUCCCUUUCCUUGCAGUUUCUGCUCACACGAACUUUUGUUCUACCCACCCUGUUUCCAGUACUCUGGGAAUUUCUCCUCUACCCUUCCCCAGCGCCACAGCUGAACUGCUUGCUGCAACAAGGCCACCUGCACCAGGCUGUGUCACUGUAGGGUGACACAGCGUGUCCUUGUGUCCUCACCCUCCCUGUGCCACGGCUGCAUCCUCCUGAAUGACCUGCAAACUGUCCCUGCACGGCACCAGCUGCUCUCCAUCAUCAUGUCUCUGGGGGGAUGCUACUGCAGCACCCUAGAGCUGGGAUUCCGUGCAGUUUCCAGAGCAAUGGGAGGCAGCAAGCACAUCCCUGAUCCUGUGCUAAGCCUGGGCACAGCCAAGCCCUCCCGGCCUUGACCAGCCUUCGUGGCAACCCCAGCCCCUUCCCCUAAAGCAGCCACAUGCCAUGCAUCCUGCUGCCGGGGUUCUCCCACCCCUGCCUGCACUGGGAUUUGCUCCAUGCCAGCAGGAUCUAUUACCUCACACAUAGGAUUUUUCCCCUUUCCAUUCACCCCCUCGCGACCAGAGCCCAUUUUUCCCCAUAGCAUUGCAUCACCACCACCACCUCCCGUCGUUAAUUCCGGUUGUCCCCAUGCACUCCUGCCACACUUGUUUUAGUUUUUCACCCGGGUCCAUAGCGGUAAUCCCGCAAACAAGGCGGCAGCGAGUCCCCGCUACCAAGGGCUCUGUGGGUGACACUGGGGAGAGCAGGGCCGAGCACCCCCUCCUGAUGCUCGGGGAAGCCGCUCGGCCGGGGCCCAAGAGAUGCCCUUCUCCAGCGGGGCGCUACCGGGAUGCUCCAAGCAGGAGGUGACGUCCCAGUGGGGGGGACACGAGGAGAAGGGCUGAGACACGGAGGAGCUCUCCUGCGUGAAGCAUGUUCGGGGGGAGAGAGGGGGCUGCAGGUUGACCUUCCCAUCCCCUAACUCCCCCCUGCCCAUCCCUAGUCCAUGGGUGCCCCUCUCCCCGCCCUUCCCUCCUCCUUCAACUCCAGCGCCGAGGAAGCCGAGCCGGAGGCAGUGCUGAGCCGGAUAUGCAGCGACUCCCCGCAUCCCUCCUUGGCAGAGCGCGGUGACGCCGCGGCAGCCACCACGGAGAGGACACAGGACCCCCCCUUGGGCCCGCCAUGCCCCUUUGAGGGGGUGGCCUGGACCCCGAGACCCCCGCAGGGCCCCCCGCAGGGCUGCUUCGCCUGCAUCGCCAAGCCCCCAGCUCUCCGGCAAGCUUCGCCCGUCCUGUCUCCUUCUUCUGCCGUUUAUCUCAUGGAGAGCAAGAGCUGCAAAGGGGACAGCCUGCGCCCGGCGGUCCCGUGCAAGCACUCGGUGGAGAAGAAGACCAUGACCAACCCCACCACUGUCAUCGAAAUCUACCCUGACACCACCGAGGUGAACGACUACUAUCUCUGGUCCAUCUUCAACUUUGUAUACCUCAACUUCUGCUGCCUGGGCUUCAUCGCCUUGGCCUAUUCAUUGAAAGUCCGGGAUAAGAAACUCCUCAAUGACUUAAAUGGAGCAGUUGAAGAUGCCAAGACAGCCCGGCUUUUUAACAUCACCAGCUCAGCCCUUGCCACCUUCUGUAUCAUCCUUAUCUUCAUCUUCCUGCGAUACCCUCUCACUGACUACUGAGUGAGGCCAACAGCAGCUGCCGCCGCCAAAAUGCCUCUAUGCCAGAAGUGUCUGCAGUUUCUUGUAGCAAGGACACACAAAACAAACCAACCACUACACCUUGAUUGCCAAAAACAAAAAGUGAAUUAAAUACAUAAAUAAAAGUUAAAUUAGUUUAUCAGCCCAGCUGAGCAUACCCUUCUUGCCCUGAAAUGGUAUGUGAACAGCUGAAGGUAAGGGUUGUACUCUUAUACAUGUACAGGAAGAAAAACAGACCAAGAAAUACUUGUUUUAUGGCCAACAAGCUGUGUGAAAAGAGCGUGCAAAGCCCAGAGCUAUGCACACUUAGUGGCAGACAGCUGAUCUCUAGGGAGCAGUGGGGUUCUGUGGAGCUGGACACACAUACAGUGAUUGAUGGGGAUCAUGGCAGGGCUGGCUCACAACAUAUCAGGUGUGUUCAGACCGCCCCACCACCCCCAGCUUGUGGGGGCUUCUUUUCCUUUUUUUCUCUUGAAUUUCAUCCACUGGUUCAAACAACUCCCAAACCCUGGAGAGCCGAAGGUGUUAGGAAGUUCAUGCUGGGGAGCCCCAAAGCCUCCAGAGAAACCCCAAAAUAUUAAAGGGCAGGUUUCUCCUGGGGAUCUCCCAGCAGUGCUGAGAAGGAAAGCACCUUCUGGAGAACUCGCCUAAGCCACCUAAGUGGAGUGCUACUGUAUUUCUGUAAACAGUCAAUAAAAAGAUACCUCUGAUCUGUGA